GAGACCGAUGCAUUUCCUUCUGAAGCUAAAUAGGCCAAAGCAGGACACUGUUGCAAAAUCUGUUUGAUACGUUUUAUUAGAGAUAGUGCCUGGGUGAUGCUGAUGGCUUUUGUUUUGUUUUGUGUUGUGUUGAGAAGGUAUUUCUUUGUGAAAUAUAUUUUUUUAGAGCAGUCUCAGUACAAAGCAUCUUUCAAUUAAAUCGGCGUUGGAGAUCAUGUCUGAUUUCCUUGCAGUGUCAACUCCGUGAGGGUUCCAUCGAAAGACGAGAAGCUACCCGCCUACAGUGUGUUUUAUUGGAUAACGUGCGAAAAAACAUUGGAAGCCGCCACUCCAUUUGCUGAAGGAGGUGUCAGUCGAAUGGUACAGUCUGCAGUACAGUACCUCUCUUGGUAUGUUGUUGCUUUGAAGAUCUGACAAUCAUCAUUCCUAAUGGAACCAGACAAUGAUGUUGCACUGGACAUUAUAAUCACAAAUGUUGUGUGUGUUUUUAGAACAAGGUGCCAUUUAAAUCUAAGAAAGAUUGCACUAGAGGGAUCAAACGUGAUCUACAAGCGUGAUUUUGGGAAGGUUUUAAUGAAACUAAGAAAGCCCAAAAUAACUGCUUCAAUAUGGUCCUCAGGGAAAAUUAUUUGCGCUGGAGCUACAAGUGAAGAAGACGCUAAGUUGGGUGCCCGGAGACUUGCACGGUGUCUACAGAAACUAGGUUUUAAGGUGAAAUUUACAGAGUUUAAAGUUGUGAACGUACUGGCUGUAUGCACAAUGCCAUUUGAAAUCCGACUACCAGAGUUUACAAAGAGCAACAGACCCCUGGCCAGUUAUGAGCCAGAGUUGCACCCUGCAGCCUUAUAUAGGAUUAAAGAUAUUAAAGCUACACUGCAGGUCUUCUCAACUGGAAGCAUUACAGUAACAGCACCAAGUGUACAGUUUAUCGCCACCGCUAUUGAACAGAUCUAUCCGCUGGUGUUUGAAUGCAGAAAGACCCGUAUAUAAACAGGAAAAAAAAAUAUAUAUAUAUAUAUAUAUAUAAAAUAUUGUCUCGUUUAAAAAUAAAGCACCUUUACUUCUUUACUUCUACAGUUUCCUGGAAAGGACAUUCAAUACAUUGCAGACUUGGUGAUAGAGUACUUUGCAACUUUUCAUGCCAGUGAUACCAUUUUUUUAUUAAUAAUAUUGUAUUGUUCAGUGUUUACAUGACAUAAAGCUGCUGCUUUCAAAGACGUAUCUGUUAUUGCAGUAAUAUAUUGGUUCACUAACAGGGCUGUAAUGAUGUGCACUACUUGUAAAACAGUCACAUUCUGUAUGUGAGCAUGUGAAUUUUAUUUGAGAAUUGUCUUCAUAUUUUAAUGCAUGGACACCAAAGAAACCAGCCUUUCCAUUUGGUUUUAACAAUACUGUUCCAAUACAACACCUUUUCUCUACAUUAUUUUGACUGUCAAAUAUAAAUGUUUAAAGUAACUAUAUUUUAUGUUAUUUUUUUUAUCUGGAUACGUGAUUUAUUUAAAGAAAGCAUGUACUAAAAUAUAAGACUAGAGAUUAUUAAACAGAUUUUAGACAGUAUAUUACCAUACAAUUAACCUUUCCCCAUAUUUCUCCAAAUUGCCACCCUGAAUAUUUGUAUACCUAAGGCAGUACCUUAUGCUUCUUUAAUAAGAGCAUCUUAUGGGUUGUGUCUCUUGACUGACAUUACCAAGGACACCUUUUUGCAGUACGUUUAUGAAGACACUGUAUGAAAAAUAUUUUACAUACACUAUUGAUUUUUGUAUUUUGUACAAUAAAUAUAUAUAUAUAUCUGAA